AUGAUGAAUCGAACCUUCACCAUCAUCAGUCUUCAUUUUGCCGACUUUGGGACCGAAGAUUGGGUGUCCUGGUUCACGGUGAAACUGAUCCAUCUCCUUCCCAGCCUGACUGCAGAGAUGCUCCAGACAGCAACGCUAAACACCGACUGCAACGAAUACCACCUCAUCGUUGGGGCUCUGAGCGCGGCCUUUGACCAGAUGACUUUGCUGAGACAGCAAGAGCUUGCCCCAGUCAUGUUGGGCUACCUGAAACAGAAAUUCACCUCGGGCUCACCUUGUGGGUCCGAAAGCAGCAGCCUCAGUGCUUGGCUUGAGGACAGCUUUGGCAAAUUCUCCGUCUAUGUGGAUUACAAAGACCUGCGGGAGAUCAACACGGGCUUCGACAGCUUUGAGGCUCUGGACGUUCUGAGCACUUCUCAGGUUGCUCAACUGACGUUAGACUCCGGAGCGCUGAACAACGCAGCUCUGAUAAAUUUGGUCUUUGAACGUCUGGAGCGCGGCGACCCCUUCCAAAAUGUCAAAGAGUUCUUCGCGGAUCUCACCCAGACCUCAGGGGUACGUUCUAGCUAUGGACGUCAGCCCUGUGGUGAGGACAUCAUGAUGAAUCGAACCUUCACCAUCAUCAGUCUUCAUUUUGCCGACUUUGGGACCGAAGAUUGGGUGUCCUGGUUCACGGUGAAACUGAUCCAUCUCCUUCCCAGCCUGACUGCAGAGAUGCUCCAGACAGCAACGCUAAACACCGACUGCAACGAAUACCACCUCAUCGUUGGGGCUCUGAGCGCGGCCUUUGACCAGAUGGCUUUGCUGAGACAGCAAGAGCUUGCCCCAGUCAUGUUGGGCUACCUGAAACAGAAAUUCACCUCGGGCUCACCUUGUGGGUCCGAAAGCAGCAGCCUCAGUGCUUGGCUUGAGGACAGCUUUGGCAAAUUCUCCGUCUAUGUGGAUUACAAAGACCUGCGGGAGAUCAACACGGGCUUCGACAGCUUUGAGGCUCUGGACGUUCUGAGCACUUCUCAGGUUGCUCAACUGACGUUAGACUCCGGAGCGCUGAACAACGCAGCUCUGAUAAAUUUGGUCUUUGAACGUCUGGAGCGCGGCGACCCCUUCCAAAAUGUCAAAGAGUUCUUCGCGGAUCUCACCCAGACCUCAGGGGCUAUGGACGUCAGCCCUGUGGUGAGGGACAUCAUGAUGAAUCGAACCUUCACCAUCAUCAGUCUUCAUUUUGCCGACUUUGGGACCGAAGAUUGGGUGUCCUGGUUCACGGUGAAACUGAUCCAUCUCCUUCCCAGCCUGACUGCAGAGAUGCUCCAGACAGCAACGCUAAACACCGACUGCAACGAAUACCACCUCAUCGUUGGGGCUCUGAGCGCGGCCUUUGACCAGAUGGCUUUGCUGAGACAGCAAGAGCUUGCCCCAGUCAUGUUGGGCUACCUGAAACAGAAAUUCACCUCGGGCUCACCUUGUGGGUCCGAAAGCAGCAGCCUCAGUGCUUGGCUUGAGGACAGCUUUGGCAAAUUCUCCGUCUAUGUGGAUUACAAAGACCUGCGGGAGAUCAACACGGGCUUCGACAGCUUUGAGGCUCUGGACGUUCUGAGCACUUCUCAGGUUGCUCAACUGACGUUAGACUCCGGAGCGCUGAACAACGCAGCUCUGAUAAAUUUGGUCUUUGAACGUCUGGAGCGCGGCGACCCCUUCCAAAAUGUCAAAGAGUUCUUCGCGGAUCUCACCCAGACCUCAGGGGCUAUGGACGUCAGCCCUGUGGUGAGGGACAUCAUGAUGAAUCGAACCUUCACCAUCAUCAGUCUUCAUUUUGCCGACUUUGGGACCGAAGAUUGGGUGUCCUGGUUCACGGUGAAACUGAUCCAUCUCCUUCCCAGCCUGACUGCAGAGAUGCUCCAGACAGCAACGCUAAACACCGACUGCAACGAAUACCACCUCAUCGUUGGGGCUCUGAGCGCGCCUUUGACCAGAUGGCUUUGCUGA